AUGGCGUCUGAUACCCAGGAACACAAUGGUGCGUCUACUGCUGAGAAAGAGGACCACGUCACCCCGCUACCCCCAGACAACACAUCGAGCCCAGACUUACCCAGUUCUCCAUCAUCAGAGGACAAAGAGCCCCAGAACCCCAAAGGUACGAAUGAGAUUACCCCUCCGCCCUCGGAUUAUGCGGAAAACAAAAUCAACCCUGAAGUGGACCCUGGGACCCGGAAUCAAGAGCAAAAGGCCACGCAGACCGUUGCCCGCAAAGAUGACGCUGCCGUCUUUCUUAUUAUUGUCUUCCUUAUCUUGGCUCUCUUUUUUACCAUGCCAGCAAAGCUAGAGUCUAACAAGAAAAACGUUGGAACAGACACGAAUGAGGACCCCACUACCUCCGAUAACGAUAAUACCGGCGAGCGCCCCGUUCGACAGAAGCUGAAAGAGACGACUAUUGCGGGGAAUCCAGAAGUGUCUGAGAAUACCGAUACGAGCGAUUCGCGCUCUACUAGUAGAGGACGGGCGUCCAGGAAACGAUCCUUCGACGAUCUUCAGACGGACAAUAACGAUGCAGCUGCUGAGUCUAAAGACGAGAACAGUCAUAGACGAAAGAGAUCUCGCGAUUCCAAAGAGCUGACCACACCGCCGCCGGAACAGUCGAAGGACGUGGAUGAUAAAUCAAAGAUUCUCAGUCCUAAGAAGAAGAGAAGCAUAGAUCAACUCGAAAAGGACGAUGCCAAGAUAGAAGAGCCGGCGGGAAAGGCGACAUAUGAGAACGGAUUAUCUGAACCAGAGAAGAAGAGACACCGCGACAAUUCGCAGGAGCGUAGCGCUGCUGAGGCAUCUAAGGAUGAGGCAUCUAAGCCUUCUCUGCCCUCUGCGUUUGCCAACACCUCCGCCGUCUCGCCGUUCGCGUCUCUCGCUCCCAAGUCUAAGAAAGAAGAAGAGGCUCCUAAGACCACUCAUGUUACUUCAGCCUCUGCGUUCGCUUCGUCAACUUUUGGGGCGUUUGCGUCUUCGACGCAGUCACCUUUUGGUUCCCUUGGGGCAUCUACGUCGUCUGUCUUCAAGAGCACUUCCACUACUGAAUCCGAGAAACCUGCUACUGCAGGGUUUGCGGCUGCCGCUGGACCUUCCCCAUUCGCAGCAGCUGCAACCUCCAGUACUUCUGCCUUUGGCACCCUAGGGUCCGGAUUCAGCGGAUUCGCCGCUGCUGCUCCCAAGCCAGGAGGUGGACUCACGAGCUUUGCUGCACCUGGUGGCCCUGGUAUCAUUGGCGCCGAAAAGGCGAAGCCAUUUGGUUCAUCAGGAGAUAACUCCGAUGAGGAAGGUGAACAAGAUGAAGCCAAACCUGGCUCGGAACUUCCAACUUUUGAGAAGGAUAAGGAGGAUGAACGGUUCUUUGAGCAGCCGAUUGAAACCGGCGAAGAAGAAGAAACGACAUACUUCUCUUGCAAGGCCAAGCUGUUUGGCUUCUCUGGAAAGGAGUGGAAGGAACGUGGACUAGGCACGUUCAAGGUGAAUGUUAAGGAACCAAAGGGCGAUGGCAAGAAGACUGCUCGGCUUAUCAUGCGUGCGGACGGCGUCUUGCGGGUGAUGCUGAAUACGCCUAUCUUUAAGGGCAUGACGGUUGGAGAUGCUACAGGAAAGGAGCCGUCCACCAAGCAGUUGCACCUGGCUAGUCUUGAAAAUGGACGUUCCGUGCCGCUUCUUCUUCGAACUGGCAGCAAUGACCUUGCAAAGGAACUUUACCACGUGAUCCAAAAGCUUCAGGAGGAGCUAUGA